AAACAGUGUCUUUGCAAAUGUGUCGCGCAGUAUUUAGCUCGAGUACUUCCUUGUGGUCUUUCUGUAACGUCUUCUCGAUAUCGUAUGUAAUUGUACCAUUGGAGUAUAUCUCGUGUUCAGUGAUUUUCUGGUGACAUGCUGUGUUUUAGGCUUUGCGGCGUUCUCAUAUUUCUUGUCUAUGGAUCGGCAAUUAGCGGACAGCAGCUGGAGAGGAGGCGGGCGGUGCCGGUCGUUUACCUCCAGGGCUCACACUACGAAGUCGGCUUCGAUGUGGGCCGCAUAUUCUCCUCACUGAUAAAGGAGUUUAUCGCGACGUACGCGAACCUGAGGGACUUUGAGAAGGAGUACAAGACUGAGACAGGAAGAGAGGCGUAUGACAAGACCCUGUCGAACAUGAAAAGCAGGUUCCCUCAGUAUGUGAAGGAGAUACAGGGGGUCGCUGAUGGCGCCAACGUUUCUUUUGUCCAGCUGUUCCUGCUGCAAAUGGACGACCUGAUUGGCACCGUCAACGACAACCACGUGCCGCGCGGCGACACCGGCGGCUGCAGCUCCAUCGGCGUCCUCAACAGAGACGCUCACAUCCUGGGUCACACGGAGGAUGCUUUCGGAGAAACACUGAACCAUUUCUACAUCAUGUCUGCACACAUCAUCCCCACGCCUGAGGACAGGGAGAAAGGGGCUGUAGAAGAGCGAUUUUCGUCCCUAUGCUACGCCGGCCACAUGCCCGGCUACACAAUGGGCUUCAACGAGAACGGCCUGGUCUUCUCCAUCAACACCCUCAGUCCAGCAGCCCUCAAACCUGGGAAUACCCCCCGUACGUUCAUCACCCGAGCAUUAUUAGCGGCUAAGAGCUUCAACGACGCAGAGAGAAUCCUCAUUGACGAGGGUCUUGGCAUCGGAAACGGGUUUUCUGUGAACAUGAUCUGGACCGAGGCAUGGGGGAGCCGCCAACUCUACAAUGUGGAGGUCGCUCCGGACCUCAAAGCUAACCGGUCUUUGCUGGAUAUACGCAAGUUUGAUAAUGAGCCUCUGGUGCAUUGCAAUAUUUACUUGCGCAUGAAUAUAAAAGAAGUGAUAGGCCUGAUCAUCGACAGCAGCGAGUCCAGACUCAAGACCAUCCACAGCUACGCCCCACCCCAGUCCAGACGGGACAUCGAGGACAUUUUGUCAGACACCAGCGGUACAACCUUCCACGUCUUCCAGGACAGAGCAGACUCCGUAAUCAAGACUAUCGCAGCUGGUAUAUUUGACUUGGACAAGAAGACCUGGAGUGUCUACAUCAACAAACCCAAUGAAUCGGAACCAGUAGCUAUAUUGCCAAUAAGAUUUAAUAUUUAGAUAAGCAAUAUAACAAUGUCUACGUAAAUUUAGAAUCCUAUGGAAAGCAACGGACCGGUAACGCGCUACAUCGAUGCAACGGAGCAAUGGGGCAGAGCCCAAGGUUUCAAUUAAUGUUGUCUAAUACAAAUAAGCAUACAAGUAGUAAAUAUCUUUCAAAACUAAACUAUGUCGGCUACACAUUAUCACUGAACUCGAUUAUAUGCCGUUGCGAAACAACGUACAUUGCGCAGUUUGUAUAAGUGCUUAUGUUUACCGCUUAACUGUUUGCCGACAGCGGUAAAGUUACGUAUAAACGGAAGUUUUCCUUUUUACGUAUACGUUUACGUACUUACACGUUUUUUAGCGAACAAAGCACUCAUUUUCUCGUAAAUUAGUUUAACACUAGGUAUAUUAGAGUGGUUUGUCCUAGGUAAUAUAGUUUAUAUCUUUUGUCAAGAUAUGUUGUGAAGCUUUGUGUAUAUACCAACGUUUCCCUCAAAGUCGGUGCCCACAGUGGAUCAAGGACUAUGUAUCAAGUUAUGCGCAGUGAAGAUUAUACCUUAGUGCAACAAGGAAGAAACGUCACGUCACAAAAAGGAACUGUGCUUAUUUUUCCGUGCAUCCCUUUGGGCGACGGACUAAAUGUAAGAAAGAGGGAGGCGUUGCCGCGUUUCCCACGCAUGUGCCUUCCGCCCCGCGUAUCGUCACACAACUUUUGUGUGAGAAGUGGCUAUAAGGAAUCUCCUUCUCUGUGUUGGUUACAUGUCCAUUUCGAAGCGGAAGCACCAUAUUUCGCUGGAAUUUUUUAAAGUCUACUUUCAUUAUCCAUAUUUUACCUGUACCUCAUCAACUCCCCUUUGCCUCUUGUACUUUCCACGAUUGUCAGUCCUUUAUGAGCGGGUAUUAACCUCGACCAUCUAAUAGAAUAUCACUAUAUAUAUAUAUAUAUAUAUAGUGAUAGUUAUACGUAUUGAUAAAACAGAACGAGUCAUACCCGUCAUAUGAGCAAUACUACGACAUUCCUUUUACCUUGUUCUACAUAUACAUAUGUAAUUAACUGUUGUUUUUCCAAAAAGUAAAUAUAUUCGCAAAUGCAUACUGUUAUAGUUUCAACAGUGGAGAUUCAAAAUUUUCAUAUUUAAAGCGCGAACAAUGUACCCUAUGACGAAUAUUGCAAAUAUGUAUUGAGCACUAUCACAACUUAUUAAAAUUUGUUCAAUUUAUGUAUUAUGUAUUUACAUACAUUUAAAUGUACAUACAUAUACAUAAAUUUCCGCCUUGUACGUAAUAUUUGCACUAUAAUUUUAUUAACUAAGUGAUAAAAGUACUUGUGUUUGAUUUUACUGUUAUAAGUUUAGUUUAUUUUGAAGACGAUUUGAAAUAUAAACAACAAAUUACUUA